AUGCAGGAGUUCCCGCUCGAGGUUUAUGAGAUAAAGAGCUACCAUGCGGUUGGGUGCUGGGUGACGUUGCACGCAGAGCACGCCAUUAAGGCCCUGAUUGGAAGCAUUGCCCUCAUCUCCGCUGUUACCCAGUUCCAGACCAUUGGUCACUGGAUAAGAGACGACGAGGGUUUGUCAGAUACCCUCGAUGAUCUCAACUUGGCACCCAUGGCGUGCUUCAGUGCGCGUAUGCUGAGUCAGCAGAGGUUCGAAGACAGAAGGCUUGAACCGCCAGCAGAGUAG